GCUCCUUGCCGUCACCGUCCCGUGAGAAUGGCACUGGAGACACAGACAAAGAGUCCAGGCCCCUGGAGAACGAGUCUAUCCAUCUGAGCCAGUGCCAGGAGAGGGAAACCCAUCUAUUGCCAGUUUCAGCCUCCCCUCAGUUCUCAUCGCCCCUGCGGACCACCUCAACUCCUCUGCCCAAGCCCACCAGAGACUCCUGUCAAGGUGGCGUGAGUGUGAGGAAACGGCGGCGCCUGGCAGCCAGCCCCGGAGGACUGCACUGGGACGCAUCAGGGUCAGUGCUGCGUGACCAUGACCGAGGGGAGACAUCGUCACUGUCGGAAGUGAAGCGCUUUCCUCGGAGUGUGGAUUCAGAGAGCCGUGUCCCAGAGCCUUGGAGGGAUAGAGUGCCUCUUAGGAAGACCAUAUCCAUCGAUGACCGCCUUCUCCAGCAAACACCUAGAGAACAUCACAGACUCCUCAGCCGAAUAGAGAGGGGCAAGAAGAAACUCAGGAACAUUAAUAGUCUUGGAGCCACUGGCAGAUACGAAACCCAUAAAAAAUCUGAGAGUAGGAUCUCCCGACUGGCUCAGAGACUCAACCAGAGGCAGAGCGAUGCUGCGCUGAUUAAGGAUUUCAGACCCCUCUUCCUCCUCUCUGGCACUGCGGGAAGCUCUCAAAGCUUGGACAGGAACUUCUCCAUUAGUAUGACCCAACAAAUGCAGAACCUGCAGCUGACGCAGAGUAAGAAGGGGGCGGGUCCCGCCUCCCCCAGUGCUGCCAAGCGCCUCUACCGAAACCUCUCUGAGAAGCUCAAGGGGAGCCACUCCUCCUUUGAGGAUGCCUACUUUUUUGGUCGAUCUGACCGUAUCCACAAAGUAUCUAACAUUCAGAGCAGUGAGGCUCUGUUUGAGGCUGUUGAACAGCAGGACCUGGAUGCCGUACAGAUCCUGCUGUUUCAGUACACAGCUGAUGAACUGGACCUCAACACCCCCAACAGUGAAGGCCUGACACCUCUGGACAUCUCCAUCAUGACCAACAACGUCCCCAUAGCCAAACUGCUACUCAAAGCUGGAGGGAAGGAGAGCCCUCACUUUGUCAGUUUGGAGAGCAGAGAUGCCCAUCUCUCAGCGCUGGUGCAGGAAGCCCAAAGGAGAGCCAGCGAGCUGUCCACCCAGGUGAUGAGAGAAAGUCUCAGCCUGGAAACAUCUGACAAGGAAAAACAGCUCAAAGCUUGGGAGUGGAGAUGCAAACUCUACAAGCGCAUGCGCACGGGAUUUGAGCAUGCACGACCUCCGGAGGCUCCGUUGAUGGUGCGUCUGAGUGUGACCGGCAGCACGUCUCUCAAUGUUAGCUUUCAGGAACCUGCCAGCAUGAACUCGGCCGUAGUGACUAAAUACAAAGUGGAAUGGAGCUGUCUAAAGGACUUCUCUUUAUUAGCCGGAGAGCUGAUCCUUGAGAAUCUGCAGUCCCUGAAAUACACAAUAACAGGUCUUACCACGGGUAGACACUACUACGUUCAAGUGUCCGCCUACAAUAUGAAAGGCUGGGGUCCGGCACAACUCUCUCAGCCUCCCUCUGCUGUUCCCUCCAACUGGAAGGACUGCGAUGGGAGAGAGAUCAAGAGGAGAGGUCACAUUGAGGCUAUGGAGAGGCUGUUACAGCAGGUUCGAGCCACACACCAGCACUACUGCUGUGGAGACACAUCAAAGUUGCAGAAUCCAAGUCGUAAACAGUCAGUGUCCCGGAGCCUGAAACACCUUUUUCACUCAUCUACUAAAUUUGUCAAGAGUCUCAAAAGGGGAGUUUAUAUAGCAUCUGUAUUUUACCAUAAGGACAGUCUGCUAGUGACUAAUGAGGAUCAGAUCCCCAUAGUGGAGGUGGACGACUCAUACAGCAGCUCCCUCAUGCAGGACUUUCUGUGGUUCACCAAGCUGUCCUGUAUGUGGGAAGACGUCCGGUGGCUGAGACAGAGCCUGGCAGUCUCCACCUCUUCCUCUUCCACUCUGCAGUCCAGACAGAAGAUGCUGGCGGCCGCGGGCCAACUGCAGAAUCUUCUGGGCACUCACAAUUUGGGCCGAGUCCAUUAUGAGCCUAUUAAAGACCGUCAUGGGAAUGUCCUGCUUGUGACAGUGAGGGAGAUGGAUAGCCUUUAUUCCUUUUUCAAUGGGAAGUGGAUGCAGGUAUCCAAACUGCAGAGUCAGAGGAAGUCUCUUUCCACUCCUGAGGAACCAUAUGCCCUGGACAUCCUCCUCAUAACCAUGCAGGACAUUCUGGCCUAUCAGCGACGAAGUCAGCAUCGGCUGUCCUCUGGACUUUAUCUGGGUUACCUGAAGCUCAGCAGCUCUGUGGAUCAGAUCAAAGUUCUGGUUCCUCAACGUAUGCCCAACAUGCUCUGCCACACCAAGAUACGAGACAACUGGAAUGUGUCAAGGAAUGAGUGGGAAUGGCUGCAGUCACUGUCUGGCCCUGUGGAGGUGGAAAGAGCAGAUCAGGCUACAGACUGCCUCCUCUUCUCUGAGCUCCAGACGGCCAUUAAGAGUCUGCUGCACCAGAUCAAUCUACCUCUCCACCAGGCCAAGCACUUCCGUCUUUACACACACGAGGUGCUGGAGCUGGGUCACAAUGUGUCCUUUCUUCUGCUGCUGCCCGCCUCAGACGACGUUUGCUCUGCCCCGGGACAGACCAACCCCUACACACCACACUCGGGGUUCCUCAACCUCCCUCUUCAAAUGUUUGAGCUCGGUACACUGGCUUCUGUUUCAACCCCUACAAUAUUAGCUCAGUUGGCCUUAUAAAAAUCCACAGAUUCCUCCCCCCUCUGCCCCCAGUCACACUCCCUUAGGACCUCUAGUAAAUCAA